AUGGCUGUGGGAGGCUUUGAUUUUAACCUGAAGCUAACAGGGGAAGUGAACGAACAAACUUUCUGGACGAAAGUUACUUGGGGUACUUCCGUUGUAAGCGUGGCUGCAAUCCUGGCCGCAAGCCAGGCUGAAAUUUUCAAGCCCGGCCCGGGCCUGCAAAGUUUUGAAUGCCCCGCCAGACUGGCCCGGGUAAAACUACUGUGCAAUUUAUCGACAAGGGAAGUGUUCGAAGGGCGACGCUCAGAUUUUCUUUAAAUUUUGCACACACGUCGGGUAUGGACUAAAUAUCAAUUCAUGAAAGUUUUAGCGUGCGCUUUUCAGGCGUCGCCGAGAUAUUGAAAGAUCUUUGCCGCCGAGAGAGUACGCUUAACACGGAGAGCGGACAGAGGGAAAAACAUGUUUUGGCCAUAACUUUGCUUGUUUCCUGCGGAAAAAUUUGAUUUUUUGUGGAAACAUUGCUCUAUACGAUAGAAAUAGGCAUAAAACUUUUCGAGCCGAAAUUCGGCAAAAAGUCCUAAAUUUUGGCCGACUUUCGAUAUAAAAAUCUCGGUUGGUUCUGCAAAGCGCGAGCUAGGAUUCUCGCAUAUAUCUUAGGAAAAAUUAUUCUAAAUUUGUGCCAAGUUUCAUCAAAAUCUGAGCGUCGCACUUGGGGUUUUUCUGGACUUUCGUCCAGAAAGUUUGUUCGUUUUCUUCAUUGCUUUGUUUUACAACGUUUUCUUGUUGUUUGCCAAAGGGUAUACACUUGUUUUAUACAACUUUUUCUCCUCUACAAAACUGUGUGUUUAAUUUUUUUGAAAAUUUCAUUUUUCAUAAUUUUUCGGGCUCAGAAAGUUUCUAAUACUUGGUGUAAGUGCGACGCUCAGACUUUUUUCUUCCCUCGUAAUCCAUGUCCAUUUAACUAGGCUAAAAAUUUCAUUUUGAUACAAUAUCAUCUUUCUCCAAGCUCAUUGUUUUAAUCUCCAUUGCAAGUCACCCCCAACCCUCCAUCAAAGCUUUAUUUACCCUGCGCCAUGACUCAAGAUCAGCCAGCUUUCAUCACUUGCCCCAAACGAAUUAAUCCAGUCCAUCCGAAUCAAGCCGCUGAGGAUCCAUUUCCGCUAAAAAUAACCUCACGCAUUGUACAUAUUUUCGUACGCAUAAACACAACCCCUUGCGGGCGUCGCGCGCGCGCGGUCAAGAUUGUUUGCCCGGCGAGGUGAAUGGGAAGCGACGUAAUGUUCCAUUCAACAGGCGAGGGCAAUACAAAAGCAAUACGAACAAAACUUUUUUUUGUAUUGUUUUCUUUUCGCCUCGCGGCGGUUAAUUAGGCUGUAUAUUAUAGGUUAGCCGGCGGAGUGCAGGGGCUGCGGUGAGAGGGGGAUUUUGGGCGGAUUUUUUCGGAUUUUGAGGUUUUGAGGUACAGGUUGUUUCAAGAAAUUUUGUACAAAUUUGUUGGUUAUAUCUUAGUGCUCUUUGCAGCUAUCCAAGAAGUUUAAGUCGUAUUUAGAAUUUGAAGUUUUGAGUUUUUAGAAAAUGCAAAAGAAUUUUGUCUUGUCUCGGCGGAGAGACCAUUUUUCGGCGGAGACAUUUGAUGCCUUUUUUUUAAAUUACACCUCGUUACAAAGCCCAGGCUUCUCUGUUACGGAUGAAAUUAGGCUUGCCACAUCUGGCAGUACGUAAUCUGUUAGUCUCGGCAGCUUGGCGGAUGUUUCACAUAUCGGCGAAGGAUCGGCGGAGACCAUGCAAAAUAAAAAGGCUGUUUUUUGUAUCAGUCCGUUCGUCAAGUCGCUGUAGAAAGCUUGAUGAAAUCCGGAAAGAAGCUUCCAAGCCCGGCCCUUACUUGGAAUAUUUUAAAAGCCCGGCUCGGUCAACCCGUGUAAAAUUUCUUGUACAGUUUAUCGAAUUGUGAAAAACGUCCUAGCCGGAUUUUUUGGAUGCCAAGUAACUCUUGGAAUUCUACUUUGCUUUUUCUGCAGGAAGAUACACAUUUUUUGAUCUUUUUGAUUUUCGCAAUUUUUGAGUGAUUUUCCUCGAAUUUCGCCUUUCUUUUGAGAAUUCUCGAUUUCUUUGUAAUAAAACCGGGAAGGCCCUGAAAAUCAAAGCCCGGGGCCGGAAAAAAUUUCGCUGCGAUAAAUCCUCGUUAUUUUCCCGACAGGCUUUUAUCAGUAUGUCGGGAAAAUAAUGAGCACAAUGUCGCUGCGCCAAUCGCGUCGCUGAAGUGAAAAGCAAUAUGGUGUUGUCGCAACAUAAUUCAUUUUUUCAAUUUUUUAAGCGAUUUUGGAUGCGACAGACAGCUCAUUAUUUUCUAGACGGACUUGAUGAUAUUACUUGUUUGUUUUGUACCUCAAAAAAUUCACAUGUUACUGUACAAUUUUCAGGAUGCCAACAGCCUUUACAACUACAAGAACGCGGUCGUAGAUCAACUAAUAUUGAAUGUAAUCAAUAAUAAGAUGAGCGUUAUUACCGAAUGGCACAGCUCCAAAAAUUCGACGGCUCCCCAUGUUUUCAAUGGAGUCCUACUCGUCUUCACAAUGUUGGCGUUGUGUGUGGCUUGGGUUGCAAUCUGCGUUGUGAUUUUCCGAUACUUGAAGAAAAUCUGUCAGUUGAGGAGAGAGCGAAGCCAGGAGGUAAAUAUCAGCUGCUGAAUACAGCAUGCUGAUAUGUGGAGUUAUAGGGGUUAUAGGGCUGUAUAUGUACAGAUGCGGACCUGAUCCAGUGGCAAAAACCGUAGCAUUUUGGAUCCGGGAAGUAUCAAAAAUGCAGCAAAAUACCUCCCUCUCCAAGUGAAAAAACUCCAAUUUCAAAAGCGCGCCAGCUCUUUUUGCGAGGGAAAAGGCGUGCUUUUCAAAACGGAGUUUUUUUUUAUUGUAGUGGGAGGCAUUUUGCCACAUUUUUGAUACUUCCCGGAUGCAAAAUUAUACGUUUUUGCCAAUGGAUCAGGUCCCUCACUGUAGUAAACGUGUCAUACGCCUUACAAGUCAUUGAAACUGUCCGUUUUAGGAAGUGGUGAAUGCGGCGUUGCGAGCGUUGGCACAGACACGUGCAGUAAGUUCGGGGCAGUUGAUAUCGCCGUCGCAGUGUCAUUACUACCAAAGUCAGGUAAGAAAAGCGCUGCGAAUUUUUCAAAGGUCCAAAGGAAUAAUGACAAUUUUUUUGCUACCUGUCGGGAAAAUAAUGUGGAUUCUUUGCGCCCACCAUCCUUUUGCGAUGGCUACGGCCGAAGGUUUGGUGCGCGAUUAAAAAAAAAGAGAUUUUUUUCCGCGACAAAUCCACAUUAUUUUCCCGACAGACUGGUACACAGUUAAACCUUUGUACAGCGAAUUGCAAGGGACCAAAAAAUUUGUUUGUUAUAGAAAGGUUUUAUUGUACGGAUUAUGGGCUAAGUGCAAGGUAAAAUUAACCCAUACAGCCUUCGAUAUAUGCAGAGAUUUCGCUGUACGGGAGUUUCUCGUAUAUGGGUUUCACUGUAUCAGUCUGUCGGGAAAAUAAUGAGCACUCUGUCGCGUCGAAAAUCGCAUCGCCAAUGACAAAACAAAUCAUGUCAUGGCAAAAUCAAAUCGCUUUUCACUUCAGCGACACGAUCGGUGCAGCGACAUUGUGCUCAUUAUUUUCUCGACAGACUGAUACAGUGAAACCUCUGUAAAACGAAACUUCGUUACAACGAAACCAUAGCGAGCAGCUUUGAAGGCUCCAUGUGUAAAUUUUACCUAAAGCAGGCCAUAAGUUUUUCCAUCGCACUAAACAAGCCCUUGAAGGACUUUCAUUUUGCCCUAAACCCCCAAUUUUAGCCAAUUCCGUACGCGGACCUGCCCAGCUACGCCGAAGCCUUGCACUUGCCUCCUCCGCCCAUGGGUCGCCCUAAAGAUGAGGAACGAGCAUCGUCAGCGUCAACAAAUUCAUCAACUCCAUCCAGUCGUUCUUCAGCCCCACCCACGUAUGAGUUGGCCACAUCCCGGUUCUAA